CACACCCCUGAGCUGGAAAAGAGGCCAGUAUAAAUACCAGGGGCUGACGGGGAGAAAAAGGGAGAGAGAGACGGUGGAGGGCAGAGAAUCACCACCCACUCAAGUUCGAGGACAAUGUGGCUGUCCUUGCUGGUUUGCCAGUUUGGCCUGGUCCUCUUCAGUGAGGCUCAGAAUCCUUGCUUUUCACACACGACAUUCAGGGAGCCAGCCAACUCUGACAUCUCAGUGAUAUGUGGGACAAGGACAAUGGAGCUGACCAUCCUGUUGUGCCCCAUCUACUAUGGUGGAUACAACGAGUCAUUGAUGUCCCUCAAUGCGCAAUAUUACAGACCAGAGUGCUACGGGAUACCUGAUUGGUCAGCAGAUCCGCCUGUCUUAAAAUUCAAUUUCUCCAUAACCGAAGAAGCCAUUUCCACCUGUUCAAACAAGCUCAAGAUCAGUCAAGAGGUCGGUUCGGGGCUCUUCUCCGAUUAUUCCAGCGUCCAGUUUGUCAACGUCUCAGGAAUCAUAAACUCCCUGGACCCGAGUGCUGGCACCAUAACGUACCGACAAGAGAUGAUGUACAUUUUCUCCUGUCGAUAUCCACUGCAAUACCUGAUCAACAACACUGAGAUAACCGUAUCUGGGGUGAGCCUGGCUGUAAGGGACAAUAACGGGAGUUUUAUUAGCACACUAAGCAUGCAACUCUAUGAGGAUUCGUCUUAUACUACCCACCUCAAAAUACCGGAAAGCGGCCUUAAACUGAAAAAGAGAAUCUUUGUGGAAGUGAAGGCCACGAAUCUCACCGAAAGGUUCAAUGUCCUCCUGGACCGAUGCUACGCCACAACCAGCCCUUUUCCCAUCAACAGCUCUUACUAUGACCUCUUUGUUGGAUGCAACCGUGACGGCCAGACCGUGAUCACAUCUAAUGGCCAAACCCAGACGGCCCGCUUCUCUUUUGAAGCUUUCCGCUUUGUGGAACACAAAAACAUGACCGUCUCCAUCUUUUACCUGCACUGUGCCACCAGGCUCUGCGAGACGUCUGUCUGCAGCUCAGUCCUGCCGAAUUGUUCAGCCAAUGCUAGGGCAAAGCGAGAUCUGCAGUCGCAGGCUCAAAGUACCACCGUAAGCGAAGUAGCCACAGUGACCUCUGGUCCGAUCAUCACCAGAGUGGACAGUGGUGGACCUCCAGGUCAAGAUACUCAAGUCGCAGAAGAAUCGUACCGGGACAGCCCCGUGUUCAGGGCGGCUGUGGCGGCAGGCGUGGUGGGCGUGCUCUGCAUCGCGAUGGUGGCCUUCACGGUGCUGCGGAUCCACUCAUCGAAGCGUCAGAGCAAGAAGAAGGCGCUGUGGGAAGGCGCAAAGGGCAGCGAGUAGGGGCAGGGCCGGUGAAACGCAACGUGCCCCUCUCCUAUUCAUGGUGAAAUACAACAUGCACUAUAUACCACUGCAUGACGGGGAUCAUUUAUUUUUUUCCUGUUUAAAAGCAUUCAGUGUCUGGUGGCAUUAUCGAAAGAACUAUCUACAUAUACUUAGUAUACUUUAUAAUGGAAAUCUAUAGGUCAUCAUGUUGAAAACCGUAAAAAAAGCUUUAAAAGUACAGGAAAUUAUAUGGAUCAAUCCUGUUAAUAACCAAAAUAGGACUUCUGGCAUUAAGUGUUUUAGACGGCAACGUGCUUCUGAUUGGGGGACUUACUGGGACUGUUUUCAGGGCUUUAUUCAGACAGCAUUGCUUCCCUGAAUAUUUCCAUCAUUAAAAAUGGUGUUUAAAAUAUCUACAUGGAUGCAGGUAUGCUAACUAAAUAAAAUUUUAAUUUUAAUAUAAAGAA